AUGUGCCGACUUUGUGGCCGCGUGGUCAAAUGCAUCUUUGACAUCUUGAAGAGCGUUUACUACGAUCAGGCGGAUACCCGUCCGGCCAGCGUCAAGCUUCUCCGGAGCCACUUACACGGCGGGCUCAACAUCUCUAAUCACCCGUGCAUUCAGCAAUCUUUCGCUUCGCACCCCAAGUGUGUCGACUCUAAGACCAACUACUACAUCGCCGUUACUAGCUCCGUCAUCGUUCUCAUCACCCCUACAGUCGCAGCUGUCGAGGAUGUCAUGCCGUUCUUUCUCUACGACACCAACACUGCUCGGUUAUCGGAGGAGAAUGGAUACAUACAGUCCCUCAAGACGAGUCCAGAAACGGCGACACGGCUAUCUCACGCGGCUAAAAUCAAAGGGUGGCCAGGAGGUUCUUAA